AUGGACGUGCAGGAUAUCAUAACACACACAGCGGACAUCACCCUGGACGAUGAAGAACAGGGAAUCCGCUUCGAGGAUGAGGAGUUCGGCGUCCAAGCUCUACCGGCGGCGAAGUCGACUUGGACCAUUGUAGGUCGUUUUCUGACGGAUCGGAACCUCAAGACCGAGGUCAUGAAACACGUUAUGGCUUCGGCAUGGAAGCCUCUGAUGGGCAUUGAGAUAACGGAUGUGCAGGCCAAUUUGUUCUUGUUUACCUUCUUUGAUGAACUGGACAUGAGACGGGUUUCGGACAUUCCACAGGGAUACCGUACGGCUAAAGUGCUGGAGAGAAUUGGGGAUUAUGUUGGGGUUUUCUUGCGCUAUGAUGAACGAAAUUUUGAGAGGCAAUGGACUUCCUUCUAUAGGGUUAGAGUCACCCACGAUGUCUCAAAUCCUCUAAAGCGACGAAUGAAGAUGAUUCUGAGAGAUGGUUCCUGGACAUGGAUAAAUUUUAAAUAUGAGCGCCUCCACAUGUUUUGCUUUUUCUGUGGAAAGAUGGGCCACACGGAUAAAUUUUGCUUGCAAGCUCGCCGUUCGUUGUUACGACCGGAACAAUAUCCGUUUGGUGUGUCGAUGAGGGCGGGGGGUACGGGUCCGGCGAAGACAUUGGGGGAAAAAUGGUUUCAACUAGGCCAAGAGAGGAGGCGUGAGAUUGGCUAUGGGAGUGAGGGAGGGGGAAUGGCGGUGGCUGCUGGGGUUGGGAGGGGUGGACUGUCUCGGGUGGAGGGGGCUACGGCCACGGGUAGGGUGGGUUCGGAUGCUGGAGAUGUGGAGGGGAUGGGCGGUGAGGGCGUUGGGGGUGAGGGCGUGGGAGUUCGGGUAGAUCCCAAAAGGAGGAGGACGGACAGAGGGGAGGUGAAUGCUGUGAAUGGAGACAUGGUUGUUGAUUCUGAAUCUUUUUUGGCGGGACCUGUGGAUCAGACAGUUCGCGAGAUUGAGGGCAUGGUGUCCUCGAAGAAACCCGACUUUGUAUUUCUCAUAGAAACCAAGGUUGAUCGUGAUCAUGCGGAGCGUCUUCGGGUUAAGCUUGGUUUUGAUGGCCUUUUUUGUACUAAUAGUUCUGGUUUGAGUGGUGGAAUUGCUCUAUUGUGGAGAACGAAUAAUACAGCGAGAUUGAUUAGUUACUCUACAAACUAUGUGGAUGUUGAGGUGACUAUGCCGGGGUUUGAGAAGUGGAGAAUGACUGGCUUUUAUGGUUUUUCACAGAGGGGUCAAAGGAGAGAUUCGUGGGAUCUUAUUCGUACCUUAGCUGGCAAAUCGAAUCUACCGUGGGUGAUGAUUGGUGAUUUUAAUGAUUUACUUUAUCAAGCUGAGAAACGAGGUGGAAACCCCCAUCCUCUGAGCUUAUUGCAUGGAUUUGGUGAGACUAUAGAGGAGUGUGGAUUAGCGCAGAUGCCAAUGAUGGGAUAUCCAUUUACCUGGGAAAAAGGAAAAGGCACACCGAAUUGGAUUGAAGAAAGAUUGGACAAGGUUUUGACUAGUCAGAGUUGGCGUGACAUUGUGCCGGAUGCUAGUGUGCAAAAUAUAUUGACCCGAAAGUUAGAUCAUUCCGCUCUUUUCCUUGGGAUUCUGAAUCUUCGGGAAAGGAUGGGUGGUCUGAGAAGAGGGUUCCGUUUUGAGAUGGCAUGGCUGCAUGAUGAAGGAUGUAGGGAUGUGGUGGAGAAGGCGUGGGAUGAAGGUGCUGGUAGGGGAUUGCAGGAAUGUAUCUCUAUUUGUGGAAAUCGAUUGUCGCGUUGGGGAGGAGAGCGUUUUCAUAAGUUUGGGGAACGGAUCAGAAACCUGCGGAAGGAGCAAUUGCGCCUCAGGGGGUGUAAUGAUCCGAGCUCUUUAGCUGAGUUCCAACGUUUGGAGGAGUGCCUAUGUCGUAUUGAGGCCCAGGAGGAUACAUACUGGAGGCAGAGGGCCAAGCAGCAUUGGCUUAAGAACGCGGAUGCUAACACAAAAUACUACCACAGUGGGGAUUGGGUGGAGGGUGAUGCCAUGAGGAAUGUUAUCUACAAUUAUUAUAAGACUAUCUUUACAUCUGGCCCUCCAAGUGAUAGUGGGGAUUUCUUUGGAAAUAUAGCCUCUCGGGUAACACAGGUUCAGAAUGAGUUGUUAUUGCGGCCCUUUGAUGCUAGUGAGGUUAAGAGUGCUCUGUUUUCAAUGUUUCCUAACAAAGCACCAGGACCGGAUGGAAUGAAUCCAGGUUUCUACCAGCACUUCUGGGAUGUAGUGGGUGGUGAUGUAUCAGCAUAUAUUGUGGAUUGUCUUAAUAAUCGCUCGUUUCCAGCUCGCCUGAAUGAUACGAAUAUAAUAUUGAUCCCUAAGAAGAAAACCCCAGAGAUGGUCUCGGAUUACAGACCUAUAGCACUGAGUAACGUGGUGUACAGGAUUAUGGCUAAGGUUAUAACUGCCAGGAUGAAACCACUUAUGGGAGGUAUUAUAUCUGACACCCAAAGUGCUUUUAUUUCUGACAGGCUAAUAACGGAUAAUAUUUUGAUUGCUGCAGAGGUGGGGCAUUUUUUGAACAGAAAACAAUGUGGAAUCACAGGAUGGGGGGCUUUGAAACUGGAUAUGGCAAAAGCCUAUGAUCGAAUGGAGUGGCCAUUCUUGCGUAGUAUGAUGUUAGCAUUGGGUUUUGAUGAAAGAGCAACAGCGCAGGAAGCCAGUGUGGUAAAACAGUGUUUAGCGGCUUAUGAGGAAAUGUCUGGGCAAGCAGUGAAUUACUAUAAGUCAAGUAUUUGCUAUAGUAAGAAUACGCGGGAUGAGCAGAGAGGGGAGGUUGCCGAUAUAUUGGGAGUGGUUCAGGCGCCGAAUUUUGGGAAGUAUUUAGGACUUCCAUCGUUUGUGGGCAGGAAUAGGAGAGCAGUAUUCUCUUACAUUGAUGACAAGAUCAGGCAGCGGAUUGGGUCCUGGAAUAAAAAACUGCUUUCACAGGCAGGUAAGGAGGUCUUAUUGAAAAGUGUGGCACAGUCUAUGCCCACCUUUUCUAUGAGUGUCUUUUUACUACCUUUGAAUACUUGCACGGCCAUUGAGAGAGCUAUGAAUCGUUACUGGUGGAGAGCUAAGGAUGAUCAGGGCAUCCAUUGGAAGGCAUGGGAUAAAUUAUGCAUCCCCAAGAAAUAUGGAGGAUUGGGCUUUAAGGAGUUGCAUGCCUUUAAUUUAGCUAUGUUGGGAAAGCAGGCCUGGCGUUUGCUCACCAAACCUGAAACGCUAGUUUCUAAAAUAUAUAAAGCCAGGUAUUAUCCUAAGGGGACUUUCUUUGAUGCUUCUGUGGGGAAUAAUCCAAGUUACUGCUGGCGUAGUAUUAUGGCGGCACAGGAAUUAGUUUGUGGGGGUGUCAGACGCAGAAUUGGGAAUGGAAAAGAAACUCUUAUAUGGGAGCAUCCAUGGCUCCAGGAUGAUAAUAAUGCGGAAAUAAUCACUGACAAACCACCAUAUUUGGCGCAGGCAACUGUGAUGGGAUUAAUAGACCAGGAGACGGCGACCUGGGACCAUGAAAUUUUAAAUGAUAUUUUUAUUCCGGAGGAUGUGAUGCGAAUAUUGAAAAUACCUGUGUCACCAGACUAUGAGGAUAUGUGGUAUUGGCAUGGUGAUGUAACCGGAGAAUACUCGGUAAAAAGCGGCUACAGGCAAGUGGUGGGAGAUUAUGUACACACCACAGGAAUGUUUGAUAAAUGA